UGACAGCCAGCUCUCAUCAGGUCUGAAAUAGGUCGGUUUUCCGACCAGGGAACAGAAAUAAGAUGGUUGUUGUGCUGGAUGUUUUUAAAAAGUGAAGAAUUUAUUUAAUUUUUUUGCUUGGACAUGUUUUUGACUUUGGAAAAAAUUGUUGACAGAAGACAGUUUCUUAAGGAUAAACAUCAUCUGUAAAAAGGUUUAGAGAUUAGUGAUGGGAGCUAAUUCAUCUCUCUGCUGCUGUCACUUCUAUCUGAAGCACAACAAAGAGGAAAAGAGAGCUAUUUUGCGAAUGCGCAAGACUCCAUCUUCCACAUUCCCUGAACGUUUGUCAAGUGAGUCCAGUGACAGUGAGACAGAAGAGAGCCUCUUUGGACCUUCAGCUUCAGGAAGAAGUCCACUGAAGGACAACCACAACCAGAGCAGAACAGCUGAUCCGUCAUUCACCCCAAACAGAGCCGACAUCUCCUGCUUCAGGCGCGGAUCAGACCGAGAGCUGCAGGCUUUCAUCAGCAUGAGAAACCAGGCUGACAAGGCUACAGAGGAGUGGGAGAAGCUGAACUAUGACAUCCACACACUGUGCUACACCAGACGGGAGGUCAGAUCUCGAUGGAAGAAGAUCCUGCUGCAGCUGGGUUUUCAGUGCGAGGUGGAUUCCUUGCUGUGUGUGAACCGACAGAGCCGGUUCAGUCCGGAUCAGGAGCAUCUUAACAAAGCCACUGAUUUGCUGAAACAGCUGCUGGACCACACCUCUUUGUUCCCCACUGGGACUGAACAUCACAACAGAUAUCUGCAGGUCAUGGAUCGCCUGGUUUCUCUGGACAGUGCCGAGGAAUUCAUCAGACUGGCCAGAGAGAAAUAUCCAAAAAAAGAAGGAUGAGAGAUGAAAUGGUGAAAACAGCAUUUAGUAAAAUUUUUGAAACUGGACACCCCUUUGGCACAUAAUCACUCCAUCAAUCACUUCAAUGUAAUUUUUUUUUCUAGAAAUGCUUCAUGUCUUGUUUUCAGUCAUUUUUUGUUUUCUUCAUUAUUUUACAUUAAAACACAGACAGCAAUUUUAGGUUAUUUAUUCUGCUUAAAUCUAACAUAUAUCCCUGUUACACUUCUGUGGUGACAUUUAAUGUUCUUCCAAUAUUUGCAUUUUUUGCUGAUAAUCAGACAUAAAUUAUCACUAACUAAUUCCCGCAAUUUUUCUUACACAUUUUCUUAGACGGUUAUGAUUUACAUACUUCACAUAAGGCAGUAACUGUUCGGCAUUUCUUUGGACAUGUAAAGCCACUGUCUCCCAGCAGGUGGCAGCAGAUUACCAGAACAAUGCAGCCUCCUUUGUCUUAUUUGGUUAAAAAAUGCAUUAAACAUUUUCAAGAAAGGUGGAAUUAACCAGA